AUGAGGACGACGGGUUUAUUCCAUCGAAUUGCAGAUGCCGUCAAAGCUCACGACAAUUUCUUUAUGCAACAACGCGAUGGUAUUGGUAAGCUCGGUUUGUCAUCCUUGCAAAAACUUACUGCUGCUUUUCGAAUGAUUGCUUAUGGGGCACCAGCUGAUUCCCUUGAUGAUUAUUUAAAAAUUGGUGAGUCUACUGCAAUUCGAUGUUUGAAAAGGUUUUGUCGAGCUGUUAUAGACGUCUUCGGAGCUCGCUAUCUAAGAACGCCUAACACCGAGGAUGUCGCAAGAAUUCUAUAUAUAGGUGAAGAACGUGGCUUUCCUGCAGAAGGUAAAUCUCCUCCUGCUCAUUAUAAGAUUCUAGAUAAAGAUUAUGACACCGGUUAUUAUUUGGCUGAUGGCAUAUAUCCCAAGUGGUCUACAUUGGUACAAACUAUUCAUGAUCCUCAAGGUCCAAAAAAAGCACAUUUUGCAAAAAAUCAAGAGUCAUGUAGGAAGGAUGUUGAGCGAGCAUUUGGAGUUCUUCAAUCACGCUGGGCAAUUGUGAAAGGACCUGCACGUUUUUGGGAUAAAUAUGUUUUGCAUGAUAUAAUGACUACAUGCAUCAUAAUGCAUAACAUGAUAAUCGAAGAUGAGCGUGAUCUAAGUGCUCCGAUUAAAGAUUUCAACCGGGCUCCUCCAUUAUCCAUUGAGCUGGUAAGUAAUGAAGAUACACGGUUCCAAGAGUUCCUUGCUCGAUAUAGGAUUGCACUACGGAACGCGUUGAUUGAGCAUCAAUGGAACCGACAUGAUCCUAUCGAUGGUGUUAACCAAAAGAAGGAUAAAGUAUGGGCGAGGAUCACUGAAUUGUGGAAUCAAGAUAAGGAUGAGAAUCAGACGAGAACAUCCAAGUCUCUUCAAAGUCGAUUUGUUGAUCUUACUUACUGUGUAAGCAAAUUUCGUGGUGCUGUUCGUCAAGUGGAAGAUGACAAUCCAAGCAGUGCAAAUGAGAAAGAUAUUUGUGCCAAAGCAAAACAAAUUCUACUAGAUGAUCCUAACUUCACAAAGAAGAAACUUCAGUUUGAUCAUGUGUGGCAUAUUCUUAAGGAUGCUGAAAAGUGGGCCGAUACAGAUGAAGACGAACAAGAGCUAUAUAAUGAUGAACUCGGCACGUCUCGUCGACCCAUUGGUGUAAAGAAAGCAAAGCUGAAAAGGAAAGAGGCCAAUGAGCAGACCAAGAUUGCUAAACAAAACAGAGAAUCCAAUCAAGAAUUGAAGGAGUUAUUUGAAAAAAGUGGUUCACAAGGACCUUUCAACUCUGGUAACUUUGCUAGCCCAUUUCAAUUUCCAACUACAUUUGGUGGAUAUGGGAAUCACCAUGGAGUAGCAGCUGGAUAUGGUGGAGUCCCUCAUUACGGAGGAAGUGAUGGAUCGGGAACAAGUGAUGCACAUGGAGGAUCGCGACAAUUCAGAGAUAGCGGUGGAUCUGAGACACAUAGCGGAUAUGGACUCAUGCCAGAACAUGGAAGAGAUGAUGAUGAUCUGACGAAUUUCUAA